UCAUUCCAGUCUAGUUACUUGUUUUGUAAACAGCUCGUACGCUUUCACCAGUACUUAAACCAAAAGCCCGAAAAAAUUCCGUGUUCAACAAAAUUGGAAAUCUUUUCUUAAACGGAACUCUUGCCUGAAACUAACUCUUAUCCUCUAAAGAUGUGCUGCCAAGGAGCCUGUGGAUCGGUAUCUUAUGCCCUGGCCUACGGACCCGUUGGUCCCGCUCUGCCGGCCAUGAACUAUGCCAACUGCUGCUGCGGCCCCAAUCCGCCCUGUGGUCCCUGGACAUGUCCGCCCAACAGGUGUUGUUGCGCCGGCGAGUGGGGCUGCUUCGGACCCUUCUACUGAGCACGAGUCCAAGGAGGACUCCCAAGGAGUCGAUCAUGGAGUCCAGGAAACCCGAACAGAAUAGGACGUGGAAUUUUUUUGUGCUUUUGGUUUGAACCUUGUUACCUUCUGUACAGGGUUUUUUUUUAAGCAAGCAAUAAAUUAAUGUAUUAAACAUAAAAAA